AUGCGUUCGCUCGGCCAGAAGCCUACGGACUCGGAGCUGCAGGAUAUGAUCAGCGAGGUUGAUGUUGAUCAGAGCGGCGCCAUUGACUUCGACGAAUUCCUCAAGAUGAUGUCCACGAGCGUCAAGCAGUCCGACUUCGCGCACGAGACACGCGCCGCCUUCGCCGUCUUCGACAAGGACAACUCCGGCACCAUCUCCGCCGACGAGCUGCGCCAGGUCAUGAAGAGCCUGGGCGAGGACCUCACCGACCGCGAGAUCGACGAGAUGAUCGCUGAGGCCGACAAGGAUCGCAAUGGCACCAUUGACUACGAGGAAUUCGUGCAGUUGCUGUCGCCAAAGCCGUAA